AUGGCUGGAAACGCCCACCGCCGCUCCCACCCACGGGUGGGAGCCGAGAAGCAGGCAAGGAGGAGGAGGGAGGAGGAGAGAGCCGCCGAGCUCUCUAUGGCCCUAACGGGCAUUGCCUUGUUUGUUGCGUGGGCUGUGGCCCUGUACGUUUGGUCGGCCUUCGGGUCGUGA